AUGCUGAGGCACUUCAUGAGACUUGAUAUCGACAACGAUUUGCUGACGGCAAUGGCAGAGCGAUGGCGCCCCGAGCUGCAUACCUUCCACUUUCCCGAGGAGGAAAUGACGAUCACCCUCAAAGAUGUUGCCAUCCUCACCGGGCUCCCGAUCACUGGAGAGGCCAUUGUUGACAACUCGAGAAAACCGGAAGAUGGUUGGGGUCGUUGA